CAAAUAACAAUCACGGUGUUUCAAUGUGCUGUCGAUAGUAGUGGACUAUGUUAACAGAGAUUUAUUCACAAACGAAUAUUACAUUAUAAACAAGUAUCAUGACAAUCCUGUCUAAAUUAAGUGAUCGAUCGGUGCUGUAUAAAAUAUGAAAUAUCCAUUUCUGAUCUAUAGUAUCACUGAAAUGCGACACUUAACCUUAUAGUUUGUAGAGGUUAUGUUGUGAAGUAAAUAAUUUUCUACGAAGUCAAAGACUUUUUAAAGGAAUUUCUUACAACAAACCUUGCAAAAUGUCGUAUUUAACGAGAAAGGAAAUAGAUGAAAUGAAACCGCAAAUUGAAAAAGCGGUUCAUAAGUUUCUCGGUUUUGGAGAACCUGCUAUUGUUACCACUGCUGUCAAUUGUAUUACUUCUGGAUAUGAUAAACGCAAAACAGCGGACAAAUUAUCUGCUUUGUUGGAAGACAAAAAGGCUUCAAAAUUAACUGAGAAAAUAUUUGCGAUUUAUGACGAUGCUAGGGCAGCACAAAAAAGUAAAAAGCGUAAUCAUGUGGAAGACAAAGAUAAAGACAAAGAUGCGAAGAAACCUAGAUUCAGGGACGAUGAGGUCAAAAAUGAGAAAACAACGGAAGCACAACUAUCAGCAGAUAAGAUACGACAAAUGAUGGCUAAUGCCCAACGAGAGAUCGAAGAAAGGAAGAGGGCAUUGAAAGCGAUAAAACAGGAAGAAUCAGCACCAGUGAAACCUUUAUUAAAAGCGCGAGAUUCGUUGCCAACAGUAGGAAGCAUGUAUAAUCAAGGUCUAUUAAGUAAAACAGAUUCGGACAAAGCACGAAAAAUUGCUGCAUUACAAGCUCAAAUUAGAAGUAAACUAAGCUCGGGAUUACUGGGUAAUGUCAAUGUACCAGAUAAACCAACUCCAUUGAUCUUAGAUGAAUCUGGAAGAACUGUAGAUAUAACGGGCAAGGAAGUUCAACUUACUCAAGUAGUGCCAACGUUAAAAGCAAAUAUUCGAGCAAAGAAACGCGAAGAAUUCAAAGCACAGUUACAAGAAUCUAAAGGUCCAGAAGAAAUCCAGGAUACGCACUUCUUCGACACCAGAAUAGGUGUGAAACCUGCAAUACGUGGCAAGCGUACGUUGAAAUUUCAUGAACCGGGAAAAUUCCAACAGUUGGCCGAAAGAAUUCGUAUGAAAGCCCAGUUAGAGAAAUUGCAAAAUGAAAUUAGUCAAAUUGCUAGAAAAACUGGUAUAAGUUCAGCGACAAAAUUGGCGCUCAUAGCGCCAAAAACUGAAGCCCUUAGCGAAGAUGUGCCUAACGUAGAAUGGUGGGAUUCUGUUAUAUUAACAGGGGGAUAUCCAAAUGAAGAUGAACCUACAACCAUUAAAAAUUCUACUAUUACGAAUCUAGUGGAACAUCCUACACAAAUGCGACCGCCAACCGAUCCAUUAAAACCGAUAUACAUGCCCGUAUUUUUAACAAAGAAGGAACGCAAAAAAUUACGUAGACAAAAUAGACGGGAGGCUUGGAAGGAAGAACAAGAGAAAAUUCGAUUAGGUCUGGAGCCGCCACCAGAACCAAAAUUACGAAUUUCAAAUCUUAUGCGAGUGUUAGGUACAGAAGCCGUACAAGACCCCACUAAAAUUGAAGCCCAUGUUCGGCAGCAAAUGGCUAAAAGAUUAAAGGCCCAUGAGGAUGCUAAUGCGGCACGUAGACUCACUGCUGAUCAACGACGUGAAAAGAAAGCGCGGAAACUUAAGGAGGACACUACACUUGGUGUACAUGUAGCUGUUUAUAGAAUACGCGAUCUUGUAAACAACGCUUCGAAGAAGUUUAAAGUCGAAACAAACGCGAAACAGCUGUAUCUCACAGGCUGUGUAAUGCUUUUCCGCGACUGCAAUGUUGUCGUAGUAGAAGGGGGAGCAAAACAGUUAAGUAAAUAUAAACGAUUGAUGAUGCAUCGUAUCAAGUGGGAGGAAGAUAUCAUAAAAGACAACGAUGGAAACGAUGUACCAAACAAAUGUGUACUUGUAUGGGAAGGUACUAGUAAACAACGUCAUUUUGGGGAAAUCAAAUUUAAGGUUUGCCCGAUCGAAAAGAUGGCUCGGGAACAUUUUAAGAAACACCAGGUUGAACAUUACUGGGAUUUAGCUUACAGUGGGGCGGUUCUCGAUAACACGGAUGAUAUUCAUUCUUAGAAGCCACUCUGUAAUUUAAGCAAUAAAUGUUAAUGCUAAUACAAAUGCAACUAUAGAUAAUUUCAGUACGAUUCAAAUAAGUAAUUACUAUGGAAGCAUAGUGAGAAAGUGAAAAUGUAAGCAGUGGCACACAGCGCGAAAAUAAAAGUGCUCAAGGCCUCUGAUAACAUAGUUUUCUUUUCAAGUAGCUAGAGACCCUUGGAUCCAAGAUGUGUAGUUGAGUCUUCGACGUGAAUUCACGAAUCAGAUAGAAAUAUAGCUACAUAUUAUGUAAAUAUCGAUAUUCGAUUCAAGAUUAUACUUUCCAUUAGCUAUUGAACAAAUAUUCACAAAGUGAUAAUAACAUUUAGAAUGAAUUCCAAAUUUGUUGAUACCUUCAAGGUAUUAUUAAAAAAUAUGUUUAUGUUUCGUUUUACGUGAUUCUAUUAUUGAAUCUUAGUUUAUACUUGAAGAACAUUGAUCAUUUGACAAAACUUCAAACUUUCAUUCUUUAAACUCUAGACUAUAUUUUUCAGUAUGUCUUCCCACGCGCGACAUAAAUAACUGCACGUGACGCAUAAUAUCCUUUUGUGGAUUCUCGCAGUAAGAUCGUAGGCGCAUAAAGCAGUGAAUCAAUCACAACGUCGUCUCCAAGAAUGUUAAUCCAUAGUCGACAUUACGGUCAAGCCUGCGAGUGUCAAUUAACAUAGCGCGAUGACACUGUGCUGCUAAAAAAACGCAAAGUAUGUCGCGAAGAUGCACACAGGAUCAGAGCCGCCUCUAAAGGUUGUGGAACCCUGAGUAAAAGUCCAUGUGAUCAAGAAGAUAGAUACAGAGCCGGCACCAGCACAUGUACACCCGGUUCUAAAAUAAUUUCAGACUGAAGUAGUGUCA